AGCGGGAGGAUAGAAAGACAGAGCAGGGGGAGAGAGAGUAAGUGUGUUGCUUUACUCCAGUUGUGAAGAUUUGAAUCCCAGUUCCGUGUUCUCGGCAAAGGCUUGCUGGGAUACCUCAUUCCCUGUCCUGUGCAAAGGUCUGUGAUUGGGGAUGUGGUGUGCUCAGCGGGAAGGGCCCCUCCCCUGGGCUGGAUCCGCCUCUCUUAUCCCCCAGAUAAAUUACUAGUGUCCUCACUAAAUUCCUCGGCUUUCUCUCUCCCUCUCUCUCUCCCUCUCUCACACAAUCUCACUCCCUCCCUCAAACACAGGCAAAGCGGGGUUGGGGGGCGGGAGGGCGGGGAUCCUCUCUGGACUGGUAUUGUGCCUUAGGUCCUGGGCGGGGAGGGAAGGGGAGGAAAAUACUGGCACCCCUUCUCUCCUACGUCGCCUUGAAAUAGAUUUGAGGAGCUGCCCUUCUUCCCCCCUCCCCCCUUUCCUGCUGAUCGUUUGGCAUCAUCCAGACCAUGUCCACUGGGUCCCUCAGUGAUGUGGAAGAUCUGCAGGAGGUGGAGAUGCUGGAGUGCGAUGGCCUGAAAAUGGAUACCAACAAAGAGUUUGGGGCGUCCACCGAGAGCAACGAGGAGGGAUCCAAUGGCGAGAAUGGCUCCCCUCAGAAGGGGAGAGGGGCCUCGGGCAAGAGGAAAAAAGCUCCCCCCAAGAAGAGCCCUUUAAAUGGAGUGAGCCAGGAGGGAAAGCAGGUACAGAGAAAUGCUGCCAACGCCAGGGAGAGGGCGAGGAUGAGGGUCCUUAGCAAAGCCUUCUCCAGGCUUAAGACCACCCUACCCUGGGUGCCCCCAGACACCAAACUUUCCAAACUGGACACCUUGAGGUUGGCCUCCAGCUACAUUGCUCACCUGAGGCAGAUCCUGGCCAAUGACAAGUAUGAGAACGGCUACAUCCACCCAGUCAACUUGGUAAGUCGCAGUCUGCCGGGGACAGGCGCUCCGUGUCUGUGCAUGGGGAGAGGGGGGGUGAGGAGCUGGAGUGGGGCAUGUGCGGGGACACAACUUUGCUGUGCUUCUCACAGAGAACCUGGUGCCAGUGGGGUGGAAAGCGGCACAGUACAAGGGAAUAGGCUCCCAGCUACCCUGCUGCCCUGUGCCCUGAGCACCAAGCCUCCUAGGCCUCCUCUGCUGCUCCUGGCAAUCCCUUCCAGGAGACAGGCAGCCACGCCGGACACAAAUAAGCAGGGGCAGGCUUUACACUUUACUGCCCCAGAAACCACAUCGGGUUGGUGGCAGCUUUCUGGGCAGGUAUAGCAAUUUGGGUAGAAGAGGGUGUGUUUGAGGAAGGACCCAGGAUUUAUUCUUAUCCUGUGUCUCUACCCUAAUGUUUCCUGACACAAUACUGUCCCCAACCACUAGCUUUUCAAAGACAGGACUCGUGCUCAGCAGCUCAGGUUUGCUGAGUCCAGGACAUUUCUCCUAUCCCUGUAAACUGGCACAGGAGAAAUAAAUACCAGUGCAGACUCCCCAGAGGUGUCUGCCCCAGGCACACUCUACAACGCCUCUCCCUGGGCUGUGUGGCGUCCCUCCUGCUGCUCCCACCACAUAAAAUUUUACUGAGCAGCCCUGGAUCUCCCGACCGUACCCGGCCGCCAGAAAUAUCCAGUUUCCAACUCUAAAAAUAUGUACAAAUGAUGUAAACUGGGGAUAAGAAAGAUCUGCCUGGGCUCUUUUUAGACAUACAGCCUUUACACUGCCCACACGUGCAGACCCUGACUCAUAAAUGGAUCACAGAGGGGAGCUGGGGAUGUUUCACUGAGGUCAGGCUCUGCCUUUUGAGCUCUGGGCUCUGGGGGCAAGUACGCUACCCGCUGUGUCAGCUGCUAAGGGCCUGGGAGAUAAUUUUUGAUUAAAAACAAAAUCCUCAGCGCACCAACACAGGAAAAAAAUAAGUAAACCAAACCAGCACCCAAAAUAGAUAGAACCUCCCUCCUCUUCUGCACAGAGGCACACCAAAACAUUCUCCCGGAGCUGCGGGAGGCCAGGGAGAGCGGCCGGGGGCUGCGGGGGCUCCGAGCAGCUCCGGC